GCGCGAGCCCCGGGGCGGCAUUUGGACGCGCAGCCACAUCACAUCCGCGGCGGCGGCAGCACAGUGCGCGGUCACUCCACUCGUGGCUGCCAGUCACCGCGCACACAUCGUGGUGGCCAUGGCUGCUUCCCCUGUCCUGCUCGUCGCCGCCGCGCUCUGCCUCUGCGCGUUGUUGUUCGGAGCAGGGGAGGCGGCGACGAAGGGGGGAGCAGCAGCGUCGUCGGCAUUCCGCAGCAGGGCGACUGACCCAAACAUGGAGGUGAAGUUCGACUUCUCGCCGUUCCUCAUCCAGUACAAGAGCGGCCGCGUGCAGCGGUUCAUGGGCACGACGUUCGUCCCGGCGUCCAUGGACUCGCGCACCGGGGUGGCCUCCAGGGACGUGGUCGUGGACCACGGGACGGGGCUCGCGGUGCGCCUGUACCGGCCGAGCCGCCGCGCCGUGGCCGCCGGUGCCGGAGGCGGGAGGAGGCUCCCCGUGCUCGUCUACUUCCACGGCGGCGCGUUCGUGGUGGAGUCGGCGUUCGACCCCGUGUACCACAACUACCUGAACGCGCUGACGGCCAAGGCCGGGGUCAUCGCGGUGUCGGUCAACUACCGCCUGGCGCCGGAGCACCCGCUCCCGGCGGCGUACGACGACGCGUGGACGGCGCUGUCGUGGGUGCUCGACAACGCGCGCCGCGGCGGCGACCCCUGGCUCGCCAAGCACGGCGACGCCUCCCGCCUGUUCCUCGCCGGCGACAGCGCCGGCGGCAACAUCGCGCACAACCUCGCAAUGCGCGCGGGCCAGCAGCAGGGCGGCGCCGCCGCGAGGAUCAAGGGCGUGGCGCUGCUGGACCCGUACUUCCUGGGCCGGUACGUGAGCGGUGGCUCGCAGCGCUCGUGGGACUUCAUCUGCGCGGGGCGGUACGGGAUGGACCACCCGUACGUGGACCCGAUGGCGGCGCUGCCGGCGGAGGUGUGGCGGCGGCUCCCGUCGGCGAGGGUGCUGAUGACGGUGUCGGACCAGGACCGGCUCGGCCCGUUCCAGCGCGAGUACGUGGACGCGCUCCGGGCUAGCGGGUGGCGCGGGCAGGCGCGCCUGUACGUGACGCCCGGGGAAGGCCACUGCUACUUCCUCAACAACCUCGCCUCGCCCAAGGCCGCCAUGCAUAUGGCCACGCUCGCCGCGUUCAUCAACGGAAGCUAAUAGUAGCUUCCUCACACCAGGGCUCUCUGCUUUGUCGGCAGCCAAGCCAGCGUGGUAGUGCUACACGUACGAUCGAUCAGCCCUGUACGUAGCUAUAGUCGUCACUGGUGAGUGGUGACAUCUGUAACGACCACCAUACCGUAUACUGUAUUUUGUCAGUGACCAGAGAGAUGUUUGGCAUGUAGGAGUACUGCGUCUACGUGCACGUCCUUUUUUUUUUUUUUUCUUUUGCUUGUUUGUAACCGCAUCACAUGUAACUUGCACUCGUUUAUUACUGCGGCCGGGUAAUGUAUACUACUCCAUUAAUGGACAGGGGGUCUACUGUUGGCUGGCU